AUGAGAGGGUUCACCUGCAAGUGCAACCUUGGUGGCUGUUGGUGGCGUUCUACUUCCAGAAGCUCUUUUACACAAACCCUAAUCCCAUAUUAUACGAUCAUCCGGAAGAGUGGGAUGUAAAUGGCAGCCGUAAGGCGUAUCCUUUUCUCCUCUCUAUCUCAUUCUUCAUCGAAUUACGCCACUGAAGUAGUGAAUAAUACAAAGAACAAGUGGAUCUCUACAACCAUCCACCUUAAUCAGUCAUGGAUGAAUAAGAUCAAAGGUGCCUUCAGCGGCCAAAAGCCCACUUCACCUACCAAUGAAGACGUCACGGCGGAAUCAUUCACUCUCCCUAGGUUUGCUGAUGAGUUGCAAAGGGCACAGAAGUUAGGUACCUUCAAACAGUACAUUGUUGGCCGAAGCAGUGAAGCCACAUAUGCAGAUGCAUUUGGCAAGCAAGAGGCUAUAAUUCGGUUUCUUGGGGGUCUUGAUCCCACUGGAGAGAAUCUUCUACCUAGUCAAAAGCAAGAAGCAGCAAAACAAUGCAAUUGCACAAUAGCUGAUGUUGAGAAUACUUUGGCUAAAUUCAGUUGGGCUAAAGAAGCUCAGAAGAAAAUUGAGAAGUUAAAGGAUGAAGGAAAGCCGAUGCCAAAGAGCAUAAAUGAGGUCCAAAAGCUAAUGGGAUCAACACCAAUGGAUGUUGCUAAGUCGAGCAUGGCGAAGAGUGGGCAAAUAAGCAGAAAUGCACUCUGCCCUUGUGGAUCUAAAAAGAGAUACAAGCGGUGUUGCGGAGCUUAAGUGAGCACAAUCAAGAACCUGUGCGUGGAGCGAAUACCAGAUGACGUUUGGUCGUUUUUUGCCUUCAGGUUUUGCUGCUAAAUCCUUGUAAUUUUGCAUCUGUUCACAAGGUUUGAAAGACGAAAUCACUUGUUUGGUGGCAAGUGAAGUACAUACUAGUUUCUUCUGGUUUCCCUUUCUUUUGUAGCGUUUUCGCCUCCGAUUUCCUUUGGUAUUCUAGCUUCUGAAAUAAUUGACCUGCGGCAUACGUUUGCCAGCAAACGUUUGAGAUUAUUUAUCUUAGUUGAACGACUUAUAUGAUACCGAAAUAUAAAUUUUGAACAUAAAACAUCUUUAUCCAUGUUG